GUUGUUGGUCUUUUUGUUACUGUUGUUUGUUUCCCUGUUUUGCUUUUUGGUCUGCUAGUUGUUCCUCCUCUUUCCUCCCCUUCACUGAAAAACACCAAACAAACACAUGUCUCACUGUUGUUUUUGUUCAGCGACACAAAAGAGAUAGUCAUUGUUCUUUCCUAUGGUACAAGUCCUUCUGAAAGCCUCUCUGACGUCCCUUGAGCAGAAACUCAGCUACUGAGGGGUCUUUUUCUCCCCCUGACAAUGAACAUGUGUGGGCUCAAGCCUCUUAAGUGGCUCCUGCUGGACUGGAAUCUUCGGACUCAGGAUGUCUUGGGGCUGAUGGUAGGUGGGCUGUGUCUCAGGGCUGAUGGCUUGUAUACCUACAGGAGGAGUUCUCUGGCCACAGCGUUGGUACAGCAGCUCCUUCCAGGCUCAUUCAUGGAGCAGGCAUGGCGGCAGUCUUGGAGAAGAGUGCCAGCCCCGGUCAGAGAAAAUGUCAAAGAAAUUUUUGGACAGACUAUUAUCCAUCAUCAUAUCCCUUUUAACUGGGACUGUGAAUUUAUCCGACUGCACUUUGGGCAUAACCGGAAGAAGCACCUGAACUAUACAGAAUUCACACAAUUUCUCCAGGAGCUCCAAUUAGAACAUGCAAGACAAGCCUUUGCGGUAAAAGAUAAGAACAAAAGUGGCAUGAUUUCCGGACUGGAUUUCAGUGACAUCAUGGUGACCAUCCGGUCUCACAUGCUUACGCCUUUUGUGGAGGAGAACUUAGUUUCAGCUGCUGGAGGAAGUAUCUCACACCAGGUUAGCUUCUCCUACUUCAAUGCGUUUAACUCCUUACUGAAUAACAUGGAGCUCGUUCGUAAGAUAUAUAGCACUCUAGCUGGCUCAAGGAAAGAUGUGGAAGUCACAAAAGAGGAAUUUGCCCAGAAUGCGAUACGCUAUGGACAAGUCACGCCACUGGAAAUUGACAUCCUCUACCAGCUCGCAGACUUAUAUAAUGCUACAGGGCGUUUGACUUUGGCGGAUAUUGAAAGAAUAGCCCCGCUGGCCGAGGGUGCCCUCCCUUACAACCUGGCAGAACUUCAGAGGCAGCAAUCAUACGGGGUCGGCAGGCCCGUCUGGCUCCAGAUUGCCGAGUCUGCCUACAGAUUCACUCUGGGCUCAGUUGCUGGAGCUGUGGGAGCCACGGCAGUGUACCCUAUCGAUCUGGUGAAGACCCGCAUGCAGAACCAGCGUGGCACCGGCUCCGUGGUCGGGGAGCUGAUGUACAAAAACAGCUUCGACUGUUUUAAGAAGGUCUUGCGUUAUGAGGGCUUCUUUGGACUCUACCGAGGUCUGAUACCACAGCUGAUCGGGGUUGCUCCAGAAAAGGCCAUUAAAUUGACCGUGAACGAUUUUGUCCGGGACAAGUUUACUACCAGAGAUGGAUCCAUUCCACUUUUCGCAGAAAUCCUGGCCGGAGGUUGUGCUGGCGGCUCCCAGGUCAUCUUUACGAACCCACUGGAGAUCGUGAAGAUCCGCCUGCAGGUGGCCGGGGAGAUCACCACAGGCCCCAGAGUCAGCGCCCUCAAUGUCCUCCGAGACCUGGGCCUCUUCGGUCUGUACAAGGGUGCCAAAGCGUGUUUCCUCCGAGACAUUCCCUUCUCUGCCAUCUAUUUCCCUGUUUAUGCUCACUGCAAACUACUUCUGGCUGAUGAAAACGGACGCGUGGGAGGCUUAAAUCUCCUUGCAGCUGGAGCCAUGGCAGGUGUGCCUGCGGCUUCCCUGGUGACCCCUGCUGAUGUCAUCAAGACAAGACUGCAAGUGGCCGCCCGAGCCGGCCAGACGACCUACAGCGGUGUUGUGGACUGUUUCAGGAAGAUCCUCCGGGAAGAAGGGCCCUCUGCGUUCUGGAAAGGGACGGCAGCUCGAGUGUUUCGGUCCUCUCCCCAGUUUGGCGUCACCUUGCUCACCUACGAGCUUCUCCAGCGGUGGUUCUACAUUGACUUCGGAGGCCUCAAGCCGUCUGGCUCGGAACCGACCCCUAAAUCGCGCAUCGCAGACCUCCCUCCCGCCAACCCCGAUCACAUCGGCGGCUACAGACUCGCCACAGCCACCUUCGCGGGCAUCGAAAACAAGUUUGGCCUUUAUCUUCCCAAGUUUAAGUCUCCCAGCGCUGCAGUAGCUCAGCCCAGGCCGGCGGCGCCAGCUCAGUGACAGCCACGGUUGGUGUAGCAAGAGAUGGCAGCCCGAGGGCAGAGUGGCCUGGGGGAGCAGCCCUGCGGGGCACCCAGUCAGCUGCAUGGUGCUGGCUGAGCCCGAGUCAGGGCGCCCUUUCUGUAUGACACAUACCUGUAUUUGUGUAUAAAGUAACCAUUGGCCGGGGAGGGGGUGGGCGGGGGGAGACGCGGCCCGGCCUGAGCUUUAGUCCGACGUGAUGAAAUGUUUUCUAAGCCUUGGCAUGCAUUGUAGUGUUCUAGCCUCAGCUUCGCACCGCUUGGCACUUCCAGCGACUGUACAUAUUGUACAUCUUUGUACAGAGACACCUCGGCACCUCAUCCCCACGAAUCACAUGGAUAGCUAUGUAACUCCGUUCCGAGUGGCUGGAAAUGGACAGGACACUUUGAACGUGUUUUAUUGAGAAUCACGUUAAAAAAAAACAAAACACAAAAAGAAUCACGUGAAAAUAAAUGUAUUAAAGCGAAACCCAGGCUCUUGUUAGUGAGUGGUAGUUAAGCUGCAAUAUUAGACGCCUUUAAUUCACAGUUUGUUUUCCGUCCUGGAAUCCAGAGGUACUUGCUCUGCAUAAAAGGCAUAAGGAGCCCAGGUGCUGACAGUAUUACCUGGAGUAAGAGGUACUUUGGAAAGGUGCGUGCCAGUGGGAGCCGCAGGUCCAGGCUGGUGCCUUGUGCGAGUGGCGUUUGCAUUUUUAUUUCAUGUGUGUGGGCAGGGUCCUCCCCUCGUCCUCAAAAGGCAUUUCCCGGGCAGCCCCUCUACGACUGCGCAUGCGGACCAGGGGUUUUGCCUCCUGUGACACUGCCAGGAUGAGGCCCGGCGCCAGAAGAGGAAAGAGUGCUUGGGCAGCUCCCUCCACGUGGAUACGAUCCCCUUACAAAUAAAACAAACACCACAAUGUU